CUGCAAGCGAAGCGUGUCCUCAGGGCGCACAGGUCGCUGCGCGCUGGGCUGGGCUUCCCAGCUCAUACCCGAGCGAGCAUGGCGGGGCAGCGGGCUCUUCUGCUAGCUGGCUUCCUUCUGCCUGGGUUCCUGCUCUCAGAGGCCGCCAAAAUUCUAACUCUGUCUUUGGUAGGUGGAAGCCAUCAUCUGCUGCUGGACCAGGUGUCUCAGAUUCUUCAAGAUCAUGGUCAUAAUGUCACCAUGCUUCACCAGAGAGGAAAUUCACUUAUAUCAGAUUUUAAAGAGAAGGAAAAAUCAUACCAAGUUAUUUCUUGGCUUCCACCCGAAGAUUAUAACAAAGGAUUGAAGGACAAUUUUGAUUUUUUUAUGGAAGAAGCUUUGGGUGACAGAUACACAUUUGGAAAAUUUUUAAGCUUUAUGGAACAACUGGGGCUUCAGUGCAGCCAUUUUCUAAGGAGAAAGGAUAUCAUGGACACCUUAAAGAAUGUGAACUUUGACCUCGUGAUAGUUGAAAAUUUUGACUACUGUCCUUUCCUGGUUGCUGAGAAGCUUGGAAAACCAUUUGUGUCCAUUCUUUCUUCCUCGUUUGGUGCUAUAGAUAUUGGGCUACCAAACCCCCUGUCUUAUGUUCCAGUAUUCCAUUCCUUCCUAAGUGACCACAUGGACUUCUGGGGUCGAGUGAAGAAUUUUCUGAUGUUCUUUGAUUUUUCCAUAAGACAAUGGCAAAUCCAGUCUACAUAUGACAACACCAUCAGGGAACAUUUCCCAGAAGGCUCUAGGCCAGUAUUGUGUCAUCUUCUAAAGAAAGCAGAGCUAUGGUUUGUUAACUCUGAUUUUGCCCUUGAAUUUGCUCGGCCUCUGCUUCCCAACACUGUGUAUGUUGGCGGCUUAAUGGCGAGACCUGUUAAAGCAGUACCACAAGAAUUUGAGAAUUUCAUCAACAAGUUUGGAGAUUCAGGUUUUAUUCUUGUGGCCCUGGGCUCCAUGGUGAGCAACUUUCAAGUGGAUCUUCUCAGGGAGAUGAACAGUGCCUUUGCUCAUCUCUCUCAAGGAGUUAUAUGGAAAUAUAAACCAUCUCAUUGGCCCAAAGACAUCAGAUUGUCAGCAAAUGUGAAAAUUGUGAACUGGCUUCCUCAGAAUGAUCUCCUGGCUCAUCCACGUAUCCGUCUCUUUGUCACCCAUGGUGGGAUGAAUAGCAUAAUGGAGGCCAUCCAACAUGGUGUGCCUAUGGUGGGGAUUCCUCUUUUUGGAGACCAGCCUGAAAACCUGAACCAUGUCGAAGCCAAAAAGUUUGGUGUCUCUAUCCAGCUGAAGCAGAUCAAGGCAGAGACAUUAGCUCUGAAGAUGAAGCAAGUCAUAGAAGACAAGAGGUACAAGUCAGCAGCUGUGGCUGCCAGCAUCAUCAGGCGCUCCCACCCCCUGACUCCUGCCCAGAGGCUGGUGGGCUGGAUUGACCACAUCCUCCAAACAGGGGGUGCGGCCCACCUCAAGGCCCAUGGCCUGCAGCAGCCGUGGCAUGAACAGUACCUGCUGGACGUCUUCUUAUUCCUGCUGGUGGUCACUCUGGGCACCCUGUGGUUCUGUAGGAAGCUGCUGGGUAUGGUGGUUAGAUGGUUGUGCGGGGCCAGGAAGCUGAAGAAGGCCUGA